UCCCAACUAGCAUAACAGGCUGCGAAAUGUUAUAGCUAAUUUCUCAGAUUUAUUUGUCCGUGGUUGAAGCUGGGAUCCAAGCAUGAGCAUCUCCGGCCUAGUUGUCAGGGCAGCCAGCAAGCGGCGCUUCAGUCCCAGCUCAACUGUUGGCUACAGCUGAAAAUGUCCAUAGAGGAUCCAGUUACUCUACGCCCCAUCUUAAGCCCCACUCAUUCCGCCGUUAGCCGUGGGACAACAGAGGAAAGUAUAGGAUACUGGUCGCCGCGAGAGUCAGGACUAUACACUAAUGCCUUGAGAAAGGAGGACAAAUCAAGUUCACUUGAGGGUCUAAAAUGAUAGAAACAAUGGAUACGCAGCGUGCCUUGCAGGCAGUGGAGCGACUCCAGGCCAAACUGAAGGAGCGGGGGGAGGUGCCAACUGAGGAGAAACUCAGCCUGCUCAAAUCAGUGCUUCAGAGUCCUCUCUUCCACCAGAUCCUGGCCCUGCAGAAGUCUGUCCAGCAUAUCAAAGACCAGGGAAGUGUCCCAUCAUCAAGAGGGAGCGACUUCAAUGAUCACGACCCAAUAGCGAAGCCAAAUGGCAGCCAUGUUUCCUACUCGGACAUCUCAGCUGCGGCAUGCAUCAACGGCAAGAUGUCCUCUGAAGAAUUUGAACAGAUCAUCCACUCUAUGGCACAGGGGCGCUAUGUGACGCAUGUGGAGUUGCAGAAGCCAGUGUCAGGAGGUCUUGGCUUCAGUGUGGUGGGACUUAAGAGCGAGAACCGUGGAGAGCUUGGCAUCUUCAUUCAAGAAAUCCAACCAGGAAGUGUUGCCUACUGUGAUGGGAAACUCAAAGAGGCUGACCAGAUCUUAGCCAUCAAUGGUCAGCCCCUGGAUCAGUCAGUGACCCACCAACAAGCUAUAGGCAUCCUGCAGAGUGCUUCAGAGAGGGUGCAACUCACAGUGGCAAGAGGGCCAAUACCUCAGCUGACCAGUCCUGCGGUGUCCCGCACACCUUCUGCAGCCAGUACACUAUCAGCCAAAUCCAGCGCGUGGCAGCAUGUGGAGACAAUUGAACUGGUGAAUGAUGGUACUGGUCUGGGGUUUGGUAUUGUUGGAGGAAAGACUACAGGGGUUAUUGUCAAAACUAUACUUCCUGGAGGCAUAGCUGAUCAGGAUGGGCGACUACGCAGUGGGGACCACAUCCUAAGAAUAGGAGACACUGACCUGUAUGGCAUGGGCAGUGAACAGGUGGCCCAGGUCCUUAGGCAAUGUGGCAACAGGGUGAAGCUGGUUGUUACCAGGGGCCCUGUGGAGGAGACUUCCUCUGCCGUCAUGUCUGUGGUACUCCCCACUGUCACUGAGCAGCAGGGCAGUGAGGAAGAGGAGGCUGAGUCAUUUGAUGUUAGCCUGACAAAGAAUGCACAGGGACUGGGAAUCACGAUUGCUGGUUAUGUUGGAGAUAAAAGUUCAGAGCCCUCUGGUAUAUUUGUUAAGAGCAUAACAAAAGACAGCGCUGUAGAUCAAGAUGGCCGCAUUCAUGUUGGAGACCAGAUAAUAGCUGUCGACGGCGUAAACAUUCAGGGAUACACCAAUCAACAGGCAGUGGAAGUGCUCAGACACACCAGCCAGACUGUCCACCUUAAACUGAUCCGACGAGGCUUCAGGCCCGAUGAGAUCCCCCCCGCCAUGGCCCCCAGUGCCACUGUCCUGUCUCCUUCUGCCACCAUCCCAACCACUGCCACCGUGUUGAGGGAGCUGGAGCUGGAGAGGAAGACGUCUGAAGAGCCUGCUCAAGUCACCUCAGAUGAGAGGCCGCUCCAGACAAUGAGUGACGGAUCUGAUGUCAGCCCAGUGUCGGAUCAGCUAACAGAAGACAAACAUGCAUUUAAGCUAACACCAUUCGAAGAAGAAGAACUGAUGAAGAAGUGGCAGGAGAUUCUGGGUCCAAGUAAUGAAGUUAUAGUGGUUCAGGUGGAGAAGUUCACUGAGAAUAGUGGCCUAGGCAUCAGUCUGGAAGCCAACAGUGGGCAUCACUACAUCCGAUCUGUCCUUCCCGAGGGACCUGUUGGGCGCUGUGGCAAGCUGUUCAGUGGAGAUGAGCUGCUUGAGGUCAAUGGUAUUUCCCUGAUUGGCGAGACCCACAAAGAAGUAGUGAGAAUCUUGAAGGAGCUUCCACUCAAUGUAUACAUGACAUGCUGCAGGCCUGCUCCUGAUCUUCAGACUGAUGCAGAUUCUGCCCAACCAGAGUCAGAGGUUUUAUCCACAGCUUCCAAACUCAAGAAUCCAGUAGACCUCAGCAGUGCACUAGUUGCUCAAGACUCUGAGGUGAAUACAGCAGCAGCGGCACAGGAUAACGUGUCAGAGGAGGCAAUAGGAUCUCCUAUGGCCAUGUGGGAGUUGGAAAUCCAGAAUAUAGAGCUUGAAAAGGGAGAAGGUGGAUUGGGAUUCAGUAUUUUGGAUUACCAGGACCCAAUGGAUCCUGCCAAGACUGUAAUUGUGAUUCGCUCUCUGGUUCCCAAUGGUGUAGCCGAGAGUAACGGCAUGCUGUUACCAGGAGACCGUCUUAUGUAUGUUAACACCACAAACCUAGAGAACGCCAGCCUGGAGGAUGCUGUCCAGGCCCUUAAGGGGGCCAAACUCGGCAAGGUCCAGAUAGGAGUUGCCAAACCACUACCUGGAAUAUGUGGAUAUUCUCAGUCUCCACACCCAUAUGGUGAUCAGGAAAUAACUUCAUCAUCCACCAUCCAUUCAUUUGACUUCAACAAUAUUUUGAUUGACGAAGGAGAGGAAGAAGGACUGACUGAGGGCAUCCUUUACCGAGCAGAACCUGCAUUGAUUGACACCAGCGAAGGAGACCUGUCUGAUGAAAAGGUGUUAAGUCACCCUUAUUCUGGGUUAGAGGAUGACACUUUCCAGGCUUCCAUGAUUGCUCUCCAUGGUAGCAGCUGUAGCGUAGACCUGGAUUAUCUGCACGCAUCCACACCAAAGCUGACAGCUCGUUUGAACGUGUUGGAUGAGCAUCCCAACUUUGCAUCAUCAUCAGGCUUUGCAGACAACACUGAAGCAUUCUUUCCGGAGAAGUCGACCUCUUACACUCCCACGAGUUUGACAGGUCACAUCCCAACUAUUAAUGCCAUUCUAAGUGGCUCUGAUCAAUACCUGGCACCGCAGCCGAGCAUAGAGGAACCAGUAGAGAGCUCAAACUCAUACAGCCAGUUUCCUGAAAUAGGAGCCAGAGCCAUUGUCCAGGAGGCACCUGCGGAGCACCUUCACUAUCAAAAGGAUCCAGCCAUCUCUUACGGAGAUAUUGGAAAUAUCAGGAUUUUGACGGACGAAGAGCAUGGUGUGAGAGAAUCUGCAGAAGAAGGUGACAAAGCAGCACUGACCCCAGGGAGCAAUUUUGAAAGGACUAUCACUGUUGUCAAGGGCAACUCCAGCCUCGGCAUGACAGUAAGCGCCAUGAAAGAUGGUCUGGGGAUGUUGAUACGCAGUAUCAUUCAUGGUGGGUCUAUCAGUCGUGAUGGACGUCUGGGGGUUGGUGAUCUCAUCCUGGCUAUCAACGGAGAACCCACCACCAAUUUGACCAAUGUCCAGGCUCGUGCCAUGCUCAGAAGACACUCUCUGAUUGGACCAGACCUGGGAUCUGCUUGUGCACCUGAGGACGAUCUGUGCCCAUUUUAUGUCAUUACAUAUGUCCCAGCUGAGUACUUGGAUGAGUACAAGGCCAGCUUAGAGCAAGCUAAAGAUGAUGUCUUCUCAGAAGAGGCUCCAUUCUCACUUCCAGCUCCAAAAGAUAUUUCUAACCUCCCUGAACGUGAAGAUGGAGAGGGAGAGGAGAGUGCUUCUUAUGGCAACUGGAAUCAGCCGAGAAAGCAGGGCAAUAUUGGUCCCUUCCUCAGAGUGGAGCUUUUCAGAGAGCCUGGCAAGUCCCUGGGGAUCAGUAUUGUCGGGGGCAGAGGCAUGGGCAGCCGGCUGAGCAACGGAGAGGUGAUGAGGGGCAUCUUUAUCAAGCACAUCCUGGAAGACAGUCCUGCUGGACAGAACGGGACUCUGAAGACUGGGGACAGGAUUGUAGAGGUGGAUGGAGUAGAUUUAAGAGAUGCCAGUCAUGAGGAGGCGGUGGAAGCCAUACGAAAGGCAGGCAACCCCGUCUCUUUCCUGGUCCAAAGUAUUAUCCACAGAUCCAGACCUGAGUCCAUACAUAGCCCAUCUCCAUCGCCUGCAGUAGAGAAACGCACUACCACUUUCACAUGCAUGCCACAUCGCUCAUGUCAGAAGCCGCCCCUGCCCUUUCUGCAGCUAAAUAGCCACCACGAGUCAAGCUUUUGCCGCUCUAAUCAAAGCUACUUAGCACCUGCCCGCCCUCAGCAACAAUCAUCGAUAACAGACUCCAGUGAGGAGAGAGCUGAAGCCAUAACAAGGGACAACAAGGACAAGGAGGGUGACAGUCACAGUAGACUUUUCCUCCGCCUCUCCCCAACUAACCCUUUCACUCCUACCCCAUUUAAGCUGGCAAAGCGUGAAGCAGCAAAAGCAUCUCCCACCAGCACUUUACUCCCCCUGCCAGUGGUGCCCCAUGUGGGAGAGAGUGAUACCGACAUGCUCGCAGAAAUUCCUGGCAGACCUGCAGAGACUGUUGAGGAGAACAAGGAGGAGGAAGAGGAGGACGAGUUUGGAUACAGCUGGAAGAAUAUAAUCCAGCGCUAUGGCAGCCUUCCGGGAGUCCUACAAAUGAUUGAGCUGGAGAAAGGCAAAACAGGCCUGGGCCUCAGCUUGGCAGGGAACCGGGACCGCUCCCGCAUGAGUGUGUUUGUGGUGGGAAUAGACCCCAACGGGGCAGCAGGCAGGGAUGGACGGAUGCUAGUGGGGGAUGAGCUGCUGGAGAUCAACGGACAAGUUCUUUAUGGCCACAGUCAUCAAAAUGCAUCAUCCAUCAUCAAGAGCUCUCCAUCCAGAGUCAAAAUCAUCUUUGUCAGAAACACAGAGGCGCUGAACCAGAUGGCUGUGGGACCAGUCAGAGAACACGAAGGAGACACAGUGGAGCCCCACACUGAGCCAGAAGCAGCUGCAGCUAAUGAUGAUGACUCCUCAAAACAUGUUCAUCACAUCAUAAAGUCAAAGGAUGAUGGAGGACUUGGCAUCGUUUUUGUUGAUGGCAACACAGAGACAGGAGUUGAGAUUCAGAGUAUAUCUGAAGUCCUGGGGUAUACUGGAAAAGAAGGCUGCAUGAAGCCAGGGGACAAACUCUUAGCUGUGAAUGGGGAAUCAGUGCUCGGAUACACUGUUGAAAAGGUCAGUUCUCUGCUGAGAGAAACCAAAGGUCCAGUGAAGUUAACCUUCUCUACAAAUGAGACUCCAUCUUCCCUCUCCUCUCCUCAGACAGCUUGUGAGGACAGGAGCUCCUCCGAUGGACAGAUCACCAGCCUACCCAGCCUGCCUAGCACCACCCCACUUACCUCAAGUCAACCAGAAGAGGAAGCAGUCACAAGUUUUAGUUGCUCAUCCAUCUCUUCCACUGUGGCCUGUGACCCAGCAACAUGUCCCAUCAUCCCCGGCUGCGAGACCACCAUCGAAAUCUCAAAGGGACGCACAGGCCUUGGCCUCAGCAUCGUUGGAGGCUGCGACACCCUGCUGGGAGCCAUCAUUAUCCAUGAAGUUUAUGAAGAAGGAGCAGCUUCCAAAGAUGGCAGACUGUGGGCAGGAGACCAAAUCCUAGAGGUGAAUGAAAUUGACCUGCGGGCAGCCAGCCAUGAUGAAGCUAUCAAUGUUCUGCGGCAAACCCCGCAGAGGGUUCAGCUGACAGUCUACAGGGAUGAAACCCAGUACAAAGAGGAAGACCUGUGGGACUCUUUCACUGUAGAGCUGCACAAGAAGCCUGGCCAAGGCCUGGGUCUGAGCAUUGUAGGAAGGAGAUCACGGGAGCAGAGCAGGAAUGACACAGGAGUGUUUGUGUCUGAUAUUGUGAAAGGAGGUUUGGUGGAUACUGAUGGGCGACUAAUGCAGGGCGACCAGAUUCUGACUGUCAAUGGGGAGGAUGUCAGGACAGCCACUCAGGAAGCCGUAGCUUCGCUACUCAAGUGCUGUGUGGGGCCUAUAAAGAUGGAGGUAGGAAGGUUUAAAGCAGGCCCCUUCCACUCUGAAAGAAGACUGUCUCAAAGUAGCCAGGUAAGCGAGACAGGCAGCUCCAAGGUGGCCCAGCCAUCAUGUUCAGACUCUGAAAAUGUUCCAGGAGACUCUGAGAAACUAAGCAGAAGUCAGGAAUCUGUGGAGCAUCAGGACAUCAGAACCAUUGAGUUUAGCAAAGGACCCAAUGAUUCUCUGGGUAUCAGUAUAGCAGGAGGCGUGGGCAGCCCCCUGGGCGAUAUACCCAUCUUCAUCGCCAUGAUGAAUCCAGUCGGCCUGGCUGCUCAGACCCAGCUCAAGAUUGGAGACAGAAUUGUCAGCAUAUGUGGCACCUCUGCUGAAGGGAUGAGCCACUCACAGGCUGUCAGUCUGCUCAAGAACGCCACGGGUACAAUACAGCUGCAGGUGGUAGCUGGUGGUGACACCACCGUGACGGGUCCCUCUCAGGAGCAGGCGGGUGUGGGUCUGACACCCAGCUGCAUCUUCCAGGAUGACAUUGGCCCACCUCAGUAUAAAACCAUCACGCUUGAAAGAGGACCGGACGGACUGGGUUUCAGCAUCGUUGGAGGGCAUGGCAGCCCCCACGGAGAUUUGCCAAUUUAUGUUAAAACAGUUUUCGGAAAGGGGGCAGCUGCAGAGGACGGCCGUCUGAAGCGGGGAGACCAGAUCAUGGCUGUUAACGGACAAACUCUGGAGGGCGUUACUCAUGAAGAAGCUGUUGGUAUCCUGAAAAGGACCAAAGGAACUGUCACGCUUACUGUGUUAUCAUAAACACGAACAAACAGACAUAAACAAUAGUCAGUAUUUUUAUACACUUGCAUCAUAAGACUGAAACCGUUAAGUAGUGACACACCACACAAAUGUGGUGUCGUGUCUAGCAGUGGGGGAAAUCACAUCAGCAGUAUCUCCAAACUUAUCUGUGAAAGUAUCCACACUGAAAUGCAAGCAACUAGAUAAACAUGAAGAUUAAUGCUCAGUGUAGGUCUGAACACUGAUCAAUGAAAGCCUGCUAGAAGUAGACGACAUAAACUGAGAGGACGUCACACAGCAGCACGGAGAUGAGUUUUAAUUAUGUGAAGCAUUCCAUGACACUGGACUGAAGUGUGACAUGCACAGUGUGUUAACACUGCUCUGAAGGUGUGAGACCAAUUCAAAGAACUAUAGUGCUGCUAAAGCUGAUAUAUAAGGUAUUAUGUCACAGUAUUCCUUUUUUUUUAAAUAUUAAUGGUCACUUUGUGUGAGUGUACAGAAAAGUAAAUGAACUGCUUGUUAGGAUUAUAUGAACAAGUGGCCGGUCAGAUGACCUGAGUGCAGUUGGACUUUGUUGGUCCAAAACAAAGUCACACAAUGUGUAGUCUGUGAAGUCACUGGGGAUGUGUUCUGUGGUUUUAGCACCAGAGAAAAACAGUUUCUUCUCUAUUUUAUCACUUUAAAUAUGAUUAUAAGUAUGUGUCUAGUACUGUCAGAGUGGCAGUACUGAAUCUGUUCACACUGAAUUAAAUAAAAGUGACCUUUGGAUUCAAUCAGU